AUGCUGACCCAGGUGGUGCCAGGCUUUGUUGUAAAUAUGGGGUGGCAGGAGAAAGCACAAAUGAAAUACAGAGAAAAAGAGAAAAGAGUGGCCAGCUGCCAAGGUUUCAUAUAUACAUGUGGUGGAACAUUAAAAGGAAGGAAUGGGACCAUUGAAAGUCCUGGUUUUCCAUAUGGAUAUCAGAAUGGGGCAAACUGUACGUGGGUUAUUGUAGCAGAGGAGGGGAACCGAAUUCAAAUAGUCUUUCAGUCAUUCGCAGUGGAGGAAGACUAUGACUUUUUAUCCCUCUAUGAUGGACACCCACACCCAGCUAACUUCAGGACUAGGUUAACGGGUUUCCAAAUUCCACCUCCCGUCACAAGCACUGGGUCUGUAUUCUCCCUGAGACUCACCAGUGACUUCGCCGUGAGCGCGCACGGCUUUAAAAUCUAUUAUGAAGAAUUGCAGAGCAGUUCUUGUGGGAACCCUGGCGUACCGCCUAAAGGCAUCCUGUAUGGGACGCGCUUUAAUGUAGGCGACAAGAUCCGCUACAGCUGUGUAACCGGUUACGUGCUGGACGGCCAUCCUCAGCUCACCUGCGUGACCAAUGCAGGCAAUGCUGCUGUAUGGGACUUCCCAGUGCCCAUCUGCAGAG